AAGCUUCGCCCGAUAACCGACCCCGCCAUCAACAUCUAUCCUUCUCCCUCCCUCCAGCCUCCACCACCUCAUCCCCAUCCCUUCCCCCCUUCCCUACCAAGGUCCACCCAAAACUAGCCAGAUACCUCGUGUUUGUUUCACCUCAUACCACUCACCAGAGCCCCCCCCGCGCCCUACAACUCGUGAGUACCCUUUUUCACUACUCUUGGCAACACCAGCGCCCGAGUUGGGAUUUGAGCCCCGGUUUAUCUUGCUCCUCUGCCACGAUAAAAUACUCGGUUCUGUACUUGUCGGUAUCUAAUACACCACAGCAGAAGCAAUAAUAGCACGGCAAAAAAAGUACUCUAGAGCCACAAGCGGGCACGGAAGAAAAACUGAAAUCAUGUCUAUCAAGUAACCCCCCUGUUUCCCCCUGUCACCCCCUGUUCCCAUAGAGAUGCUAACCAUCAACUAUUCGUAACAGCUGGGUGAUGCUCUCUCCCACCCCACCACACUCAUUUAUCGCCCUCCCAAACGAGCGAUCCCUCUACCAAUCACCAGCGCGCACGGGUCUCUCCUUAGCUACCACGUCCCCAUACCCGGGCACCCAACCCCUAUCAAUCAGCAGCAGCACUGGGACAGCAUACAUAACAAACCAGCGCAUAGUCUACAUCCCAACUACCAAAACCUCCGACUUUGAAUCAUUCGCCUGUCCAAUCGCAAACCUGCAUGACACACAUGUGGCUCAGCCAUUCUUUGGACCAAACGUUUGGAAGGCUGUUGUCCAACCUGUUGCUAACGGUGGACUGGGAGGAGGGGGGGGGGUGGAGUUGAAGUUGGUUUUCAAGGAUGGUGGCGCGUUCGAUUUUUCUACGGUCUUUGAGAGGUUGAAGGAGAAGGUUCUCAAUGCUAGGGAGGCGGGCGCCGGCGCUGAAGCGGUGCAUUUAGAUGAGUUGCCGACGUAUGAAGAUGCCAGGAGUGGGCAGCCAUCCCCUUCCGCCGCCAUCACUACUGGUGCUCCCCUUUCGCUCAAUGUGGUGGCACCUGCAAUGGUAUCAGAGCUACCCGAAAUUACUAUUGCACAAGCCGAUCCCGAGCCCGCCAUCCCCAGUGGUCCUCCGCCUGGCUACGAAGAAGCUCAGCGAGAGUCUGUCGCGGAAGAGCUCGAGAGGCAAAUCGGGCAAAUAGCGGGCGCCAGAAUUCAAUAGACUCCCUCUUUUUCUCCCACAUUUUCUCAUUCUUCCACUUCUGCGUUUAAAACUUAUUCAAUUCUGCUCUGCGCUCCUUCCCUUCUCCAGUUGAAAUUUGCUUGGACCCAACUUUUCUUCCCUUCCCUCACUUCCGUAGGGUUGCUUGGAUUAGCUUAGGGGGCGUUGGGGUAUGCAACAUAAAUUUAUUGUUGUCUGUGCUGAGUUUCCUUUUUUCCCCUUUUUCCAUACUAUUUUUACUCUGCUGUUCAUUUUUUUACCUGUACAUUUCUUUCCCUUUUCACUUGAGCGCUCAGGGAGGAGGGGUGAGUGUAACAUAACCAUGCGUCGAUCGAUUGCUGAUUACCUGCUUACCCUACUACCAUCAAACGAUUGUGAAAGAAAUGUAAACAGCUUUGCAAGUGAAACGAAGCAUGCAUCCCCGUUGAUUUCUGCCAGCGAAGUAAUUAGAAAUUACUUUUUAGUAACCCAAAUCUCGACAGUACUAGUCCUCCUCCUCCUAACAUCUUCAUCCUCCCCCUCCUCCCCCUCCUCCUCC